AUGUCCGCCACCAUGCGAUCAGCCCGACUGGUGCGCCAAACCAGCGCACUGCGACCGGCAUUGACCGUUCGUUCUCGCGCCAGCGCAUUGGGUCCGGCUACAUUAGCCGCGACUAACGGUCUUCUGUUCAAUGGUCGAGGUAUCCCAGCACAGGUCUCUGCGCUUGCCAUUCUCUUGCCCCAUCGCGGAUACGCUACCGAGCACAACACUUCGACCUCCUCAUCCCAGUCAUACCCACCACCUGGAUUCAAUGCCGAGCAAGCAAAGAAGCCAAUUUCUCAGGAGCAGCCUCAAGCCACGCAGCCCACGGCCGAACCUAAAUCAGAUGCUGUCAAGGCUUCGUCGCCAGAGAAGAACAGUAAAGAGGUUCUCGCGGAAGGCUCUAAAGCUGUCUCCGAGGACAAGAAGGAGUCCAAAAAGUUGACCAUUGGUCAGAAGGUCAAGAAGGAGAUUCAGCACUACUGGGAUGGCACAAAACUGCUCGCUACGGAGGUCAAGAUCAGUUCUCGAUUGGCACUGAAGAUGGCUGCUGGUUAUGAGCUCAGCCGCAGAGAGCAUCGUCAGCUUCAACGUACCGUCAAGGAUCUCGGCCGACUUGUCCCUUUCUCCAUGUUUGUCAUCGUUCCUUUCGCCGAACUUUUGCUCCCCAUCGCGCUCAAGGUCUUCCCCAAUAUGCUUCCUAGCACUUACGAGGGACAAAAAGGCCGGGAGACCAAGGCUCUGAAACUGAGCUCGACGCGCUCGGAAGUCUCUACCUUCCUUCGAAACACGCUUCGGGAGAGCGGCCUUCCUUUGACUGCAGCAACUGUCAAGAAUGAGGAAUUUGCCGAAUUUUUCCGCAAGAUUCGCAAAACCGGCGAGUCUCCCUCCACAGAAGAUGUCAUCAAGGUCUGCAAGAUCUUCAAGGAUGAUCUGACCUUGGACAACCUGUCUCGCCCUCAGCUCGUGGGAAUCUGCCGUUAUAUGAAUUUGAACACUUUUGGUACCGACGCUAUGCUGCGCUAUAACAUUCGUCACCGCAUGCGACAGAUCAAGCGUGACGACCGGGCCAUCUCAUACGAGGGUGUCAACUCUUUGUCUGUGCCCGAGUUGCAGAUGGCUUGCGCCAGUCGCGGAAUCCGUACUCAUGGUGUCUCCCCCGCCCGCCUGCGUGAAGAUCUCACUAUGUGGUUGGAUCUGCGUCUUAAGCAGGGCGUUCCCUCGACUCUGCUUGUGCUGAGCAACGCCUACAUGUACACUCAAGGUGGCAAGGAAUCCGAGAUGGCGUCUCAGAUCGAGGCCCUCAAAUCUGUCCUGUCUAGUAUCCCCGAAGAGCUGUUCCACGAGAUCGAGCUCGAGGUCCACAAUGCCGAGGGUGCUGCCACCAACAAGCAGCGUCUGGAGGUCAUCAAGGAGCAGGAAGAGUUGAUUGAGGAGGAGAACGAGCAGAACAGUGAGAACGAGGGCAAGGGCGUCUCACCCCCUAAGGAUAUCGACGACAUCGAUGAGAAAGAGGAGCAAAACCGCAUGGAAGCUGCUGCGGAGACCACCGAGAAGCAAGCUGCCGAGGCCAAAGAGGCUGUGUCCGAGGGUGUCAAGGCUGCAGAAUCCCCUGUCAAAUGGGAUGACAAGAAGACCAACUAA